UCACAAUGAAAUCUACAGUUUUUGUUGUGAUUCCAAGCAAACAGUGUUAAAAAUUUUAGCUCUGUAUAAGCUUUUGCACAAUGAUGGAGGCACAGGAAAGGCGAAAGAAUAAGACAAACACCAUCCACCUUCUUCCAAAUAUUCAACUGCAGUCAUUAAAAAAGACGGAAUCGGAAAGUUUUGUGCCAUACACUGAUAAAGGAAGAUGGCCAAGGAAUUUGGUACAAGGGUCCCAAACUCAACCACAGCAUUCAUCAUCUUGCGAUUGGCAGGCACAGCCUAGAAGAGAAAAACAGCCCAGUGGUAGAUACCAAGUUCCACCUCCCGUUCCUUUUUCAUACCAGUCUAAUUCCAGUUAUAGGAAUGAAGUCCAAAGUUCCUUCCAGCCAGUGGAGAGACCUACUACUUAUUCAGAAUCUCCUACAGGACUUUUCAACCCACCACCAAUUGCCCUCUCCGAGUGGAACCAACUUUACGGAUUUCCAGGGAAUACUUAUCCCCCUGGUGAUGGCUUUGUACGCCCCAGUGCAGUAAAAAAAGUAGUGGAAAAUAUUCGUAAAUCAGACACGUGCACAUUUUCCAAAACUAAAGCUACAUCUUCUGAAGUAAAGAAUGAUGGCCUUAAAAGAGAGGUAAAUAAAAGCCCGGAAAUUCGGUUAACUCUUUCCACCAACUGCAUAUAUGAACCAGACUCGACCUUGAUGUGGCGGAGGAUUUUUCCCAACUGUUCUGACACGGCUAUGGACCGUGUGCUUAGUCCAUCGUGUAUAAAAUCUGAAGAAGAUGUAGCCUCCCAAUCUCCUAGUAAUCACACGAUAGUUGGAGAUCAGAGUACCACGACAUGCGAUUCAUUUGCAGAGGAGAGAUUUGUUGUGCUGAAUGACAAUAGCGACAUACCACGUUCUUCCGGUUCUUUACGUGCUCCUCCACACAUCAGGAGCGAACUGGCAUCUUCUUCCAGGUCUGUCUAUAAUACUGCUCCUCUUGUCAGUAGGAGCUCAUCUUCAGAAGAAGACAACGUUGAUAUAGCUCCUCAAAUAUACAAUUAUCAAAUCCCUCGCCCAAAUACAAGUACUAGUAAGACUGGUGGUUUUCCUGAAAGAAUGUAUGCCAGUGGCUCCUAUUCAACAAGUUCCUUCGAGUCGGCAGUCGGUGAGCCCAUGAGCGCGUCUACCCGCAAUUCUUCUCGAGCCAGUGAUGGGCGUAGUUCGGGUACAUCAUCCACAAGUCAGUCAUCUCCAGUCAGAGAAGGGCGUACCUCGGGUAAAUCAUCUACCCUUAAAUUAUCUCCUGUGUGUGAUGGACAUAAUACGGGUACAUUAUCUACCCAGUCCUCCCUGUACGCUAUGGACAGUGACUCCGAGAUGAGAAAAACAUCGCUGCCUAUAUAUCCCAACGUAACACAGAGCUUUCAAGAAAAAGUACAGAAUGAGCCAUGCCAAAAAAUGCAGACGCACUUUGCAGAGAUUGGUUCGUACUACAAAAAAUGUUACGACCACGCCAGGAUCUAUGAUGUCCGAUUCUUAGUAGACAAUGAAAUUAUCUAUGCUCAUAGAGGUGCACUGUGUGCAGUGAGUCCAUAUUUUGAAACUAUUUUUAUCGAAAACAGUCAAAUAAGAUCUAAAGCAAUUACUGAGAUUCGGAUAAGAGGGUUGACAACACGUUCCUUGAAGACAUUCCUAGAUUAUGCCUACACUGGACAAUUGAAAGUAGUAUCAACAACAAUUCUAGAUCUAGUGAAAAUAUCAACUCAGUUCAAGAUUCCUUAUAUAAAAGAAAAGUGCAUCAAAGAGUUAGAAACCCUCAAAUUUGAAGACCUUCUUAUGUUGCUGGUGGCAGUAAGGGAGGAUUCAGUACAUGAAUUAAUGAUACCCAUACUCCGGUGUAUUUCGAGGAAAUUUCUGGAUAUAUCUAUUUGCAAAUCUUUUCUGGAACUAGACGUUGGAACCUUAUGCGUUAUUCUUUCUUACGAUGAAUUGGUAACGUCAAGUGAAAUGGACGUCUUCUCUGCCGGCCUAGAAUGGAUCAAUGCACGUCCAAAUGAACGUCUUCAGCAUCUUGAAACAAUAAUGAAAUGCAUACGCUUCCCACUGAUGUCCCAACAAGAUCUGGUUGACUGCAUGGACAGAUGCAGCCUUCUGGCUGCCAAUGAUAAUUGUCUCAGCAUGAUUUACAAGGCAAACUGGAUUAGAACUGUGAUGGCACUUAACAGGCAAGACCCCUUAAACCUAAAUAUGCCAGACUCAAGAUGCCUUACUGCAAACGAACAUUCAAACAACAGUACCAACCAUAUCAAUAAUAACGCCACUCCGGUUAAUGUGUUGGACAUCUCAUUUGGAAGUAUCGAAAGUUUCGAAAAUUACUCCAUGUACUCGGAGAGUUUUGCCGGAAGUAGAGAAUCGUUCGAACCUUCUCCAUCACAGGAAAUAGAUGGGAAUUUUGCUAAGGAGCGUAAAGUGUAUCAAACACUCAAACCAGAGCUGAAUGAUAACUCUUCAAUGAUUGUGCUGGGCCAGAAGUUAUACGUGAUAGGAGGAUUGCGCUAUAAUAACGACAACCCACUUCCCCGAAGAGAUGUUUGGGUUUACUCUCCGGAGCGUGGCUGGCAGAAACUGACGUCACUGAGAACUGCCCGGAUGCACCACGCACUCUGCGUUUUUGAUGGUUGCAUUUACGCCAUCGGUGGCCUUGGGAGAAACAAAAGAAUUCUGAAGUCAGUGGAGUGUUACAAUCCAUCCACAAACAGCUGGCAUUUCGUCAAGUCUCUGUCGACACCGCGUGCUGGAGCUUGUGCCGCAGAGCUGAAUGGAGAGAUAUUUGUUGCUGGGGGUUUUGGGUACUCCUUGAAUGGAAAUUCUACUAUCCUUGAUAGUGUUGAAUGUUACCAGCCAAGCACUGACAGAUGGAUUGCAAAGGGUAGCCUUAGAUAUGGUCGCUGUCAUGCCACAAUGACUUGCAUUGAAAAUAGUCUGUACCUUAGUGGAGGAUUGGCUUUUGAUAAAAAUUCGUCAGUUGCACUAAGUGUACAGGAUGUAGACUUGUAUGAUGCAAACACAGAUUCCUGGAUGUUGCGUACCUACUUGGAUAAAGCGCGCCAUAGUGCAGCUUCUUUUGCCUUAGGUAAGAAGAUGUAUUUGAUUGGCGGGUUAUCUUCCAAUCAACGGGAAGAUCUGCACGAUGAUAUAGAGUGUUGGGAUGUACAGAGGAACGCAUGGCUCUCUACUUUUAAGCUGCCAACUGAAGUUCAGUGGAUGAAGGGCCUCGCUUAAUUCUAGCCGGAAUUCGAAUCCAUUUAAAAUAAAUCCGAAUUUCAUAAUUUAAAGACUAUAAGGAUUGAAGACUUGUUAAUGUCAUUAUAUAUAAAAUGUUUACAUUUCAAAUUUUUUGUUUCUCAAAUGUCUAGUCUUUUUUAUUGGAGUCAGUGUAUGUAUUAAUGCUGAUCUAUCAUAUU